CCAGCUGAUCACAGGAAAGCAGCAGCAGCAGCAGCACUCGGAUCAGCUGCAUGAGGAUCCUGAGGUGUGGUCAUGUCUGGAUUCUUUCUACCUGUGCUGUUGCUCCUCCCCCUGGUGGCCUCUGUCCCCUCCCCCUCCAGGUCACCACCCAAAUACUGCCGCAGGUGCUGCGAUCAGCUGGACCCGCCCCACAGCAACUCGCCCCGUCCCGUGGCCUAUCAGACACCAGAGGUUCGCACGUUCAUCAACAUGACCAUUCUCAAAGGAGAUAAAGGUGAUCGAGGCGAGAGAGGAACUCCGGGUAAGGCAGGAGCAGAGGGUCCUCCAGGUUCCAGAGGCACCAUUGGCCCUAAAGGCAGCAAAGGGCAGGCUGGAGCUCCAGGAGACCCCUGCAAGACACAGCACUCAUCCUUCUCAGUGGGCCGCAGGAAGGCCCUCCACAGCGACGAUUAUUAUCAGGCGCUGCUCUUUGACACCGUUUUCGUCAACCCUGGCGAACACUUCAACAUGUUUAAAGGCAAGUUCUACUGCUAUGUGCCAGGUAUUUACUUCUUCAACAUUAACAUCCACACAUGGAACUUCAAGGAGACCUACCUGCACCUGAUGCAGAACGAACGUGAGCAAGUGAUCCUGUAUGCACAACCCAGUGACCGCUCCAUCAUGCAGAGCCAGAGUGUCAUGCUUUCUCUUGAGCUUAACGAUGAAGUCUGGGUGCGCCUCUUCAAGCGUGAACGCGAGAAUGCCAUUUACAGCGAUGAUGUUGACGUCUAUAUUACCUUCAAUGGCUACCUGGUGGCUCCUGCUGCAUAGAAACAUCAUCACACGGAUGGUUUCCAUGGGAAUUAUGGAUUAAGGUUUCUCUCAGGGAAAACGUGCCAAUGGAGAUCUCUGAAGAGGAAGGAAAGAGUGCUAAUUUAAUCAUAUCAAUGCAUUAUGUACCUUAGCUGACAUGAUUAACAUAUUGGUGCUAAAAAAAUAGCUGACUCACUAACAAUUUGAUUUGGUACUUUUGGUACCCUUUUUGCCCUUUUGAUUUUUGCUGUGCUGCAUAUGAUUAACACGGCUGCAGAGCAGCCUCAGACUGCAUGAAACUAUGCAGAAUAUCCUUUGAAGCUUCUUCUGAGUACAGCAUUGUACAUUGUUAAAGGAAACCAGGUCAUCUGUCCUUCCAAAAAAUCCUCACUUCCUGAAAGGGGGUUGACUGGAAAAUACUCCAGACUUAUAUAAGCAUUUGGCCUGGAUCAUGGUCUUUACUUUUUACCUUGUCUCUGGACCCAGCCUGGUCUGAGUAAGAGCUUAUGUUUGUCGAGGUCUUCUCUUAUACCAGCUGGACAGGUUUUCUCAGUGCCAUUAAUACCAAUACAGAGUGACAGGAAUGAAGGCGCAGCAGUAGCAGUGCCUAUGCAGGAACAAAAAAACUCAAUCCAUCCUGUUAACUUUUAAAAACGUCAUGAAAAAAAUAUCAGUCCAUUUUUCAUGGUCAUAACCAAUCCAAUCUUUUUUGAGCAUAAGCGCAGAAAUAAGGCAUUAGAAAGUUGGCGUGUGGUACAGGAUGCAUACAUUAUGAAGAUAUAUGGUGAGAUGAAUAUCAAUUUAUCCCAAUCCCUUUCAAAACUGACUGGACACUACUGGUGUAAUUAUAUACGAUUGGAUUUCAGUUAUAUAUUCGUUGGUAUAAAUGACCAGCGGC